AGCAGAGGGAGUGAGCAGUUUGAGCCCAGAUUAUAACCUAGUCUGGAAUAAAGAGAAUACCAUCAUACCGUCUCCUUGUUUUAGCCGUGGAGGAAGAGGAGGGCUACCCGGUGGAGAGGAAGUGGGUGAAAGACGGAAAAACGGAAAAGGUGGAGCAGUAUUUCCACAGGACAUUGUUGUCAUACAAGAGGAGGGUAUGUGCUUCAGCGUGGGGGUUACCGCCACAUUACCUCCACCAGCCUUACAGCAAUGACAUUCAUACAGAAACAUCCCAGGCUCCCAGCUGAGCAUGCAGAGGACUAAAGGUGGAAGCAGUUCCUGCUGAAGACCAUGGCCCAGGCUAGAAGCCGGAACGAUGGGAUGGUGUCACCGGAUAAAAACAGGUGUAACCUGCCGCCGUCCGCUGAGGUGGAGGCCGUGCCAUCGAAGGGUCCGCGGACCGUCGUUCUCCAAAAGAACUCGCAGGGUUUCGGCUUCACUCUGCGCCACUUCAUUGUGUACCCACCAGAGUCUGCCCUCCAGAGCCUCAAGGAUGAAGAAAACGGUAACUUACCAGGAAAAGCGGACAGUCAGCGAUCCUGCUUGGAGCCGAUGGACACCAUUUUUGUGAAAAGUGUCAAAGAAAACGGGCCGGCACAACAAGCUGGAAUGUGUACCGGAGAUCGACUGGUGAAGGUGAACGGGGAGAGCAUUCUGGGGAAAACCUAUUCUCAGGUUAUCACACUCAUCCAAAACAGUGAGAAGCAGCUGGAGCUGACCAUUAUGCCAAAAGAUGAGGAUGUGUUGCAGUUGGUAAGUGUAUAUUCCCAGAAUGUCAACUCUAAAGAGGGUAAGCUGUACUCAAGUGAGGCCCACCACUUCCCAGAAGCUCUGCGUCUCUGCAACCCGAGCUGCGCUCUGCAGCAGCCUGCUUCCAGCCUUCCUGGUCCUCUGGACAACUGGCCUUGCAAAGGCAGCAGCACCGCCUCACUGGACAACAAACCCUCUGCUACCUCCACCUCUGGCCGACCCCAAGUCCCACAGGAUACCAGCAGUCACGUGGCUCCGCCAUGGCGACACCAGGGCCACGUUUCGGCAUCUCUUAACGCAUUUGACUUCCAUUUUGCUAACCACAAUGCUGCCAUCACCUCUGCGACGCUGCCUCCACCUCGGAGGAGAAGUCAGCUGGCCUCUUCACGCGUUCACAGUGACGCACUCUGCCAACAGGCUCUGUCCGACUGGUACCACACCCAAGCUGAGGCUGCAGAGCACUUCUCCCCCUGUCACCGCAGUGUAUCGCAGGACUACUUAGCCGAGCCAGAGCUAGGUUUGCCAUCCGGUCCCAGAUUUGCGGCUAGCCCUACAACUUCCCUCCUGCACCACCGGGCAGCAGCCGCUGUGCAUGAAGCCUACUGGCUGGGUGGCUGGGGUGGAGCGUCUGAGGCCGCCAGCAAAUCGUGCUCAGAGAGUCUGCUGGCAGCUUACGCCGAAUACGAACACAACUAUGGACGCUCGGUGGAAACACUGGCUGAGGCCUCCGCUCUGGUCUCACAACAUUACGAACAGACAAGCAAAAGAGUGCAGAGGAAGCAGACAGCUCCAGGAGGACACGAACACGUAACCGCGGUGACCACCGCAGUGACCACCACAGUUACAGCUCCCCCCAGCGUUUCCAGUCAGCAGGUGGCUGAGCCCCAAACACGACGCCUAAAAGGAGAAGAGCUGGUGGGAUAUAAAAGCUACAGCCCCUCUUUUUACCGCAAAGAGGGACAUCUCCUCCAACAGUCCCACUCCUUCAAAGACCCCAGUUACAGGGGCCCUCAUAUGAACUGGGGGUCCGGCACCGGAAGAGACAGCAAUGGGGGAAAAUUGUCUCAUCUGCAGUCACCCAACACAGCAUUGGCUUUGGACGAGAAAACGGACACAUUGAGGGAGGACAGAGAGGUUGUCUCCUCUGUGUCCCCAACUCAAAGGCCCCCAUUUACGCGUCAGGCUGGUUCCACACAUACAGAGUCGCUGCAACCAUCAGCUUGGACUCCUGCAGCAGGAAAAACUCCAGUCCAACCAGACACAGGGUCCAGCCGCAGGGUCAAUGGUAGCCUGGCCCAUGCUUUUAAUUCCCUGUCCUCCAUUCCUUUCAUAGGAAGCAUUAAAGGUCGCCGCUCCUCGUACCUGCUGGCCAUCACCACGGAGCGAUCCAAGUCCUGCGACGAGGGACUCAACACCUACAGGGAGGAGGGCCGCGUCAUGUCAAAAUUACCAAAAAGAGUGAAGAGCUUCUUUGCUGAGGGGUCUUUGGACAGUUUGCGAGCGCAGGAGGACGCCCGCUCCAAACGCCACUCUACAUCAGAGCUGGGCACCAUAACCUUCAGCGAUGUUCGCAAGGAGGGCUGGCUGCACUACAAGCAGAUCCUCACCGAGAAGGGAAAGAAGGUGGGAGGCAGCAUGCGGCCUUGGAAACGUGCCUUCAGCGUCCUCCGCCAUCACUCGCUCUUCCUUUACAAAGACAAGCGGGAGGCCGUGCUGCACGCCGCGGGGGCCGGCGGCAGCCAGGACGAACACCCGCCCGUCAACAUCCGAGGCUGCCUGAUCGACAUCGCCUACAGCGAGACCAAGCGAAAGAACACCCUGAGGCUGACCACCCAGGACUUCUGUGAGUAUCUGCUGCAGGCUGAAGACCAGGACGACAUGCUGGCAUGGAUCAGGGUCAUCAGAGAGAACAGCAAGACGGAUAACGAGGAGAUCGGUAUCUCCAGACAAGCUCUCAUCAAUAAGAAGCUGAACGACUACAGGAAAAACAGUCUGACGGGCAACAAGCCGGAUUCCUCGCCCAGAGCCCACCGCAUGGUGCCCGACUUCCUCCUGGCUAAAACAGAACAGACGUCAGUGAGCCGAGCGCUCAGAGCCGACGACAACAAGGCUCUGUGGGGAAUAAACCUCAUGAAGAAAACAAAGAAAAGCUGCAGUCCCAAAGCCUUUGGGGUGAGACUGGAGGACUGUCAGCCUGCUGUCAACUAUAAGUUUGUCCCUCGUAUUGUGGAGAUGUGCUGCGGCGUGGUGGAGGCCACGGGUCUGGAGUACACCGGGAUCUACCGCGUCCCCGGGAACAACGCCAUGGUGUCCUGUCUGCAGGAGCACCUGAACAAGGGCCUGGACAUGGACACCGCUGAGGAGAGGUGGCAAGAUCUGAACGUCAUCAGCAGCCUGCUGAAGUCGUUCUUUCGUAAACUGCCGGAGCCUCUGUUCACAGACGAUAAAUAUAUCAGCUUCAUUGAGGCCAACCGGAUAGAAGAUGCAGAGGAGAGAUUAACGAGCAUGAAGAAACUGAUCCUCGGCUUGCCAGAUCAUUAUUACCACACCCUCAAGUUCCUGGUGGGUCACCUAAAGAGAGUAGCAGACCACUCAGAGAAGAACAAGAUGGAGCCUAGAAACCUGGCUCUGGUGUUUGGCCCCACCCUGGUGAGGACGUCAGAGGACAACAUGACCGACAUGGUCACCCACAUGCCUGACCGAUACAGAAUAGUGGAGACACUGAUCCUGCAUCAUGACUGGAUCUUCUGUGACGGAGAACUGGAUCGAGAAGAGAAGACCUCAGAGGACAAAGGGGACGUCCAACCGGUCCCCAACAUCGAUCAUCUGUUGUCCAACAUCGGCAGGCCGGGCAUGCCUGGAGACGCCUCAGAUUCCACCACCAGCGACUCGGUUAAACUGAAGAUUUCUUCCAGCUCCAAGAAAGACCUGAACGCCAUGGAUUUCCUCCCCAAAUCCAUCAUCUCUGCUGUGACCCGCAAACGUAAAAAAUGUCCCAGCGCUCAUCUGGCGGUCAGCAGCGGCGAUGAAGACUCUGAGCACGAACCAGUCAAGAAUACCAGCUACAGAGAGGGGGGUGGAGGGGGGGCUCAGGAGGCGGCUCAGGGGGAGCGCACCUGCUCCAAAAAGGAGAAGAGACAGGGGGAGGAAGAUGUGGGGAGAGCAGCAGAGAGAGGAGGAGGAGAGGAGAUGAAGGAGAGGAAGAUCAGGCAGAGAAGCAGUUUGAUCCCCCCCCCUCAGCAGAGUCAUUCCACGCCCCCCCCACCACAGCUGAAGACUCCCAGUGAGGCCAGAGGACGUCCCAGUAUUCCCUACUGGGUGGCCCCCAGCCGGCCCCCCGCCCUGCAAACGUCCAGCUGCCAGCAGCCAGAACGGAACCAGGCGGUCCGCUACAGGAGAACCAGAGGGGCUCGGACCAGGGCCACCUCCGUCAAUCUGGAUCUGGAGCUGGGCCAGCGCGAGGAUUUAAUCAGAGGUCAGAGGUCAGACAGACUUCAGCGGGGCGGGGCCGCGGAGGGAGGCUCAGGGCAGCAGGUCGACCCCCUCCCUACCUUCCCUUCUCCUCCAGGAGCGACGGAGCAGACAUCCUCCUCUGUGGUGUUAAGGAGAUCAGCUCCAGAUGCUCAAGCCAAGAACAGGGCGCUGCGGCGCCACACUGUGGUCAUUUAAAGAAGAAAAAAAACUAAAGUUUACUAACCGACGUCUGCUCACAGGUUUUCCUGCUAAAGCGGGACGGUGAGCCUUCGUUAAUCUCUCCACCCCAGACCUUUACGCCCAAAUAACCAGCUGUUAAAAACAACUUUAUAUAACCUAAGAAAGAGUCCGUGUUCCUAUAUUUAACUAAAACUAAACCAAAAAACAGAAACCCUUAGUGCAACAGAGUCCAUCCAUACUCCUCCACAGGAAGAAGGGAAGCAGAAAGCAUCCUUGCAUCUGAUGCGUGGAUGAACUCACAGGCAGCGGAGGGAAAAUUCCUCUGAAGCUGGAGUUUGUUUGAUUAGAGGUGGAAAGGCGUCAGCGAUGAUGUCGUGAUUCUUGUUCCUCCUCCUAGUUUUAGAGCGGAUCCCCUCAGUGAAACAAACAAGCUCAGAACUUUGAAAAAUAGACUUGCAAACACAAGAAUGACUAUAAACUGAAAAAUGAGACUAGCAAAUGCAAAAGUCACACUAACAUAAGGAGAAAAGCUGCGGUUACAGUAAAUAGAGAUCAACAAAGUGGAAAUGAAAAAAAUGAUGGUUUAAAGAAGCAGCACAGCAGAAGCUCCACUAGGGGGCGAUCAUCAGUGUUAACUCAUAUUGGUGUGCUUGCACGUAGUUUCUACUUUGUUGCUAUUUUCUGUUUUUGCAGCUUUUUUUUCCUUUAAACUUGAGUUUAUUUUUUGUGUUUGCAGGACUUUUUAAAUUUGCAGUGAGAUGCAUAUCAUCCAUUUAUGCGGCGUUUGCACUCCUGGGCCUCCGUAGCUCUUUGCUGCAGAACAGUGUUAACCGUUUGUAUUCAAGAUAAAAACUCAUGUGCUUCAGCAGUUUGACGUGUUUGUUUAACCUGAGGCAGAUCAGCAUUUGUACCAUUUUCAAUUUACUCAUCAGAUUUUAAAUUGCAGUAAAUAAGAGGAAACACUGGGUUGUUCUUGAGGCUUUAUCAGGCUUUAAGCUUUCCUGCCAUGUGUCAAAAUGUCUUACCUGCCUUAUCACAGUAAACCAAAAGCUCAAUAAAAAAAGAGACUUUUUAUUUCUUUGGAAAUAAACCGAACCAACAUAAUUAGCUCUGAAACAAAUGAAUAGAGAUUUUAAAAUAUAUCUAAAACCCAAGCCUUCCAAGGCGCUGACAGAUCCUCCCGUUGGUCUGCAGAGGAACAGACCCACUGAUCCGUAAAGCAUUUAGAUGGAAAAACCCUCCGUCCGUCACUAGGCUGCCAAAUGUCUCAUUUAUGUGUCAGAGUACACAGUCUGCUGAACGUCCCCGCGUGUACCGCUUCCACUCCAAUGUCAUUGGAGAGCAGAGGCCAUGCAGGAGCCAGUCCAAACCAGUUUAAAGUCAGACCAGUUUAAAGUCUACAGUCAGACCAGUUUAAAGUCUACAGUCAGACCAGUUUAAAGCAAACAGUCAGACCAGUUUAAAGCCAACAGUAAGACCAGUUUAAAGUCUACAGUCAGACCAGUUUAAAGCCAACAGUAAGACCAGU